UUGCGCUUUUGUGACUUUCUCCCCUCUGAUAAAAGCCCCCAACAAACCGCUUACUGGCAUUUGUUAGAUGCAGAAGGAACGUUAUCAUCUUUACUAAAGUUGCUUGAGAAACAUUAAUGGCGCACAAUUCUGGCUCAGGCUCAUCCAGGGCUGACAGAAAGACCAUUGAGAAAAACAGAAGAAAUCACAUGAAAGACCUCUACUCCAAGCUCAAUUCUCUUGUCCCUCAUCACACUUCUGAGGAAGGAACAUCACUGGUUGAACAAUUAGAUGAGGCUGCAAACUACAUAAAGAGGUUGCAGCAACACUUGGACGAAAUGAAGCAGAAGAAGGAGAGACUGAUGAUGAGAGUUGAGCAAAAAUCUGACGUUAAUGGAAGCAUUAUUACGAGUACUAGUAGCAGCUCAUCAGCAACUGUAGGGUUGAGAUCACCACAGGUUGAGAUCCACGAUCUGGGCUCAGCCCUGGAGAUCGUUCUGGUGACUGGGCUGGAUUGCCAGGCCGUGUUCAAUGAGACGAUCCGGGUGCUUCAUGAGGAGGGGGCUGAGAUUAACAAUGCCAGCUUCUCAGUCGUGGAUGAUUUUACUGUUUUCCACACAAUCCACUCCAAGAUCGAUCGGGUGUUUCUGGGUGUAGGUUGGGGAGUCUGCAGUGGGAUUUGGAGCUGCAAGGAUAGCCGAGAGGCUAAGGGAGCUUUGUCAAGGCUGAUAUGAUCGAUGAUAUAUGGCAGGAAAUUGUGAAAGUCUGAUCAUUAUCCACUAUCUACUUCAACUUAUAAGAACUGCUUCAGUUGCCGUGCAUGCUUCUAACUGUAUGGCAAAACCUGAAUUUUAUGGCCACUCAGUACUGCAUUUUAGCUGUUAUAUAUAAACAUAUGUUUGAUUAAUUGCUUAAUUUGUGAAGAUAUGUUAAGAGACUUCCAUGUAUUUGGCCAUAAAGAUGAAGCAUUUAUUAGACUUGGCCAAGAACAAAAAAUAAGGAAACUAUAGAGGCUAACCUCACCAUUGUUCAUGGGUGAUGGAGAUGAAGGGUCUGCAAAUUAGGGCCUA